AUAGACCAUCUCCGUUUGAAACGUUGACGUUGACCUAAGCGAAAGCGAAAACUAUAAAUAUUAUUUGUUUCCUGUGAUGUUGUUUGUUCAACAAGGUACUCGAUCCCAAUGGACCAUUUUCCCGCAUAGCGAGCUCAUUGCACGAACACUCUCUUGAAACAAAGGACGCCAUAUUUCAAUACUCCUAUUCUAGAUAAGGGAAGUAUACGCGUACGCCAUUUUGGUUCGACAUCGACACAACGGAUGUAAACAUCAUCAAAACAUUGCUUGCACUCUGACUCUGCCAUAUGUCAUGACUUCUGAACUAGAAAAUUCAACUCGUGAAGUAAUCAGGAAUACACUGAAAUUGGAAUAUGACAACAUUGAGAAAAAAAAUUCAUGGCCCGAGUUCUUUACAGAGGAGAAUGAAUUUUCCACCAAAGUUGUUCAACGUCAGGAGCAACAUUCACAUUCUUUGGAUUGGAAUUAUGUAGAUGUGCCUGAAGCUGGACGAAGAUACAUUGUUGCUAGGGGUCCGCAAGUGUGUUCAACUUCAAGUUUUUGGAACAAAGUUUGGGAAGAAAAUUGUAAAGUCAUCGUCAUGCUCGGCAAAUGUUUUGAAUCAAAGUUGAGUUCUUAUAAAUACUGGAUAACACCUACUCGUUUGAAUGCCGCGUUUCCGGAUGACGGAAUAACCGAAUUGGAACUAAUUGAUUUCUUUUUAACGGUGGAGCAAGUCUCGGAAGAUGAAAAUCCAGAUUAUGUUGUUCGCAAAUUCAAGUUGAAAAACACAAAGCUGCAGCAGAACAGGAUAAUUAUUCAAUUCCAGUACAUUUCCUGGCCAGAAUUUGGUAUUCCUCCGACUACUUCAGUAUUUUUAAAAUUUUUGGAUGCUGUUCUUCAAAGUGGCGCUUUCGACUCCGCAUAUGGUCCUCCAAUGAUACACUGCUCAAAUGGAGGCGGAAGAUGUGGUACAUUUUGUUUGAUUGAUGCUACCCUGGUAUUGAUGGCUGGAAAAGAAGUUGAAAAAGUCAGUAUCCCGAAGAUUUUAAUGAAAAUGAGGAACGUUCGCAAGGGAUUGGUGGAAACCGCUGAACAAUUAAAAUUUAUCCUAAUGUAUAUCUAUUUUAUGAAUAGUGAAUAUGUAAUUCUGCAGCUAAGGACCUGACUCUUGCUCAUUGUGGCAAAUCAAGGUACUGGCAAACAUAUUUAAAGGAGCGUACACACGAUCCAAUAUAUUUGACAAACCAGGUUUGUCAAAUUGACAUCGUUGAUAAAAUUUAUCAACAUAUAAUCAACACAUAUUUGGUUGCAUGGAAAGUCAAAUAUAUUAGAUCAUGUAAACGCUCUGAUAAUUUAAGUUUUUUUUCCAAAUUUUCAACGUUUUGUUGAUCGAUGACACCAAUUCUGAAAAUAGAAAUUAUUUAUAUUUUCAGAAUUAUUUUCAGAGUUGUGUCUAUGGUGUCUCCGAUCAACAAAACGUUAAAAAUUUGAGAAAGACAUCAUCAGAGCGUCCACACAACCGAAUAUGUUUGAUUAAAUUCAAUUUGAUUUGACAAAUCGAGUUUGUCAAAUAUAUUGGAUCAUGUGUACACUCCUUAAAGACGAGAGCGUAUACACGAUCCAAUAUAUUUGACAAACUCGAUUUGUCAAAUCAAAUUGAAUUUAAUCAAACAUAUUCGGUUGUGUGGACGCUCUGAUGAUGUCUUUCUCAAAUUUUUAACGUUUUUUUGAUCGGAGACACCAUAGACACAACUCUGAAAAUAAUUCUGAAAAUAUAAAUAAUUUCUAUUUUCAGAAUUGGUGUCAUCGAUCAACAAAACGUUGAAAAUUUGGAAAAAAAACUUAAAUUAUCAGAGCUUUUACAUGAUCUAAUAUAUUUGACUUUCCAUGCAAGCAUUUAAGCAUUCCUUACAUACAUUUCAGCAACGCUAAAUUUUUCUCCACUCUGAUUGGCUCUCGCGUUCAUGCACGAUCUCGCCCGACACCUGCCGAACUCCUUGCCAUCAUUGCCAUUUUUGAACUUACAAAAAUUUUCAAGCUCACAUCGAAACUGCAGCAUUGUGCACCCUUCGGAUUAUCGCAAAUUACAUCGGAAAUAGACAAUGCAGAAAUGGAGCCCAUUAUAUUUCAGCCACAAAAUUAAAACCGGUGAUUUACCUUUUACCGCCCAAUAGUGUUAUCGUUUCCAAUGUUGUUAAUGUAUGCGAAAUUCGAUGCGCGAUAAAGGAUAAGGAAUAUAUUUUAUUUGUUGAUUUUGGUCACUUUGGUGAUUAUUUAGUUUAUGUUGUAAAUCUGAGUCAUUAUUUUAUGAAAUUUCGUACCUAAGUGAAUGAAGUUACUGUUUACUGUACUGUAAUGACUAAUGAGAGCAAAACCAAAAGCUACCAAAAGCAUUAUAACUAUAAAAUAUUUCAUUUUGUUGGUUAAUCUAACUAAGCUAAGCCACUAAGGCAUAUGUAUUCGAUAAUUUUUUUUGUUUUUGUACCUUUUGCAUAAUAAAAUAUGGUCAUUUAGAUCGUAAA